UACCAGGCUAGUAGAAUCUAUAAUAACACUGAUGGUCUUUCUCGUAGCCGAGAAUCUAAAAAAGAAAAACAAGAAUUUAAACAAUUAAUAGAAAAGGAUAAAUGGCAACCAGAAUUAGAAUA